AUGAAGUUCGGUCUCCUCGCCUACGCGCUCUCUGCUUCGGCAUGCCUGAUUCCCUCCGAUUCAGUUCCCCACUCGAAGCGCAACUACGGCCUGUCUGCCCGUCAAGCUCGUCCUGAGCCAGACUUCCCCAUCGGCACAGGCGACCGCUUCAACAAGGGCAAGGUCGCGCCCAAGGGUCUCUCCACUUCAGACCGCAACCUCAAGUCCAUCCUGACUCCUUCCGAGGUCAACUCUGCGCUUCAGGGUCUCGCCAAGGAGUUCAAGGAGGUCGAGCUCAUUCACCCUCCUCACGCAACCUACGAGGGUUUCAAGACUGUUGGCGCAAAGAUUGGAAAGAACCCCAAGUUCUUCAUCAUCAGCGGUGCGCACGCUCGUGAGCGUGGUGGACCCGAUAACGUCGUCUACUGGCUCUCUGAUCUUCUGCACGCUCGCAAGGCAGGCAAGGGCCUCAAGUAUGGCAAGACCACCUACACUGCUGCCGAAGUCAAGAAGGCUCUCGACGCUGGUAUUGUCAUUCUUCCCAACAUCAACCCCGACGGUGUCAAGUACGAUCAAAAGACCAACUCGUGCUGGCGCAAGAACCGUAACCCCAAGAGCUCAAAGGGCAACCCUGACGCCGUGGGCAUUGACAUCAACCGCAACUACGACUUCCUGUUCAACUUCAAGAAGGCUUUCAGCGACGCCAUCGACCUGGGCUCUGUCGCCUCCACGGAUCCCAAGAGCGAGGUCUUCCAGGGUACUGGCCCCAACUCUGAGCCUGAGACCAAGAACGUUGUCUGGACUAUGGACAAGUACAAGAGUCUGAGCUGGUUCGUCGAUUUGCACUCCUUCGGUGGCUACAUGCUGUACGCCUGGGGUGAUGACGAUGCGCAGACCACCAACAAGGCCGAGAACUUCUCCAACAAGAAGUUUGACGGCCGUCGUGGUGUCCUCGGCGAGGCUGAGACGGCCAAGACCAAGUACAAGGAGUACAUCUCCAAGGCGGAUCUCUCCGGCCAGCUCAAGCUGGGCAACCGCAUGAAGAAGGUCAUGGAGAACGCUGGAACUUCCAAGUACACUGUCCAAGAGGCUGUUGGUCUGUACCCUACCGCUGGAGCUAGCACUGACUACGCGCUUGCUCGAUACUACGGUAAGGCUUGUGGUAAGAGCAAGCUGCAGAGCUACACUAUUGAGUUUGGCGAGGAGAGUGGUUCAGCGGCGUGCCCAUUCUACCCUGAUCAGAAGCAGUACCACAUGUGGAUGAAGCAGGUUGCCUCUGGAUUGACCGAGGUUGCUCUCCAGGCUGCUGAUACCACCCCUGAGGUGAAGAAGUGCCCCUACUAG